GUGAUCAAGGCGGGGCUGAAGUGUUGUCAGGGGAAGUGUAUCGUGAACAGCAUCAGUCUGAAGGAAGGAGAAGAGGAGUUUCUCCAGAGAGCUACGACUGUCAGACGCUACGGGGCUGCCGUGGUGGUUAUGGCCUUCGACGAGGAGGGUCAGGUGAGACUCAGACGCUACGGGGCUGCCGUGGUGGUUAUGGCCUUCGACGAGGAGGGUCAGGUGAGACUCAGACGCUACGGGGCUGCCGUGGUGGUUAUGGCCUUCGACGAGGAGGGUCAGGGUCAGGUGAGACUCAGACGCUACGGGGCUGCCGUGGUGGUUAUGGCCUUCGACGAGGAGGGUCAGGUGAGACUCAGGCGCUACGGGGCUGCCGUGGUGGUUAUGGCCUUCGACGAGGAGGGUCAGGUGAGACUCAGACGCUACGGGGCUGCCGUGGUGGUUAUGGCCUUCGACGAGGAGGGUCAGGUGAGACUCAGACGCUACGGGGCUGCCGUGGUGGUUAUGGCCUUCGACGAGGAAGGUCAGGUGAGACUCAGACGCUACGGGGCUGCCGUGGUGGUUAUGGCCUUCGACGAGGAGGGUCAGGUGAGACUCAGGCGCUACGGGGCUGCCGUGGUGGUUAUGGCCUUCGACGAGGAGGGUCAGGUGAGACUCAGACGCUACGGGGCUGCCGUGGUGGUUAUGGCCUUCGACGAGGAGGGUCAGGUGAGACUCAGACGCUACGGGGCUGCCGUGGUGGUUAUGGCCUUCGACGAGGAGGGUCAGGUGAGACUCAGGCGCUACGGGGCUGCCGUGGGGGUUAUGGCCUUCGACGAGGAGGGUCAGGUGAGACUCAGACGCUACGCGGCUGCCGUGGUGGUUAUGGCCUUCGACGAGAAGGGUCAGGCUACCGACAGAGCGCAAGGUCGACAUCCAGCAGAGCCUAUCGCCUCUGUAACUCAAGUAGGCUUUGACCCCAACGACAUCAUCUUUGACCCCAACAUCCUGACCAUCGGCACGGGCAUGGAGGAACACAGCGAGUACGCCAUCAACUUCAUCAGAGCCACCAGGCUCAUUAAAGUGGUGAUGUCACAGCACCCAGCUGUCCCGGUUUUCUGGAAAAGGAGAUUAUCUCACCUCAGGGGGAUUUCAAACAACCCACAUGGCAGUGUGGGCUUCCAGGCUGAGUUGUUGCCUGGGGCCAGGAUCAGUGGAGGCCUGUCCAACCUGUCCUUCUCCUUCAGAGGCAUGGAGGUCAUCAGAGAGGCCAUGCAUGGAGCCUUCCUCUACCACGCUAUCAAGGACGGUAUGGACAUGGGCAUAGUGAACGCUGGCAGCCUGCCUGUCUAUGAUGAUAUCGACAAGGAGCUCCUGCUCAUGUGUGAGAACCUUAUCUGGAACAAAGACCCGGAGGCCACAGAGAAACUACUGCUGUACGCACAGAGCUGUGCCAAAGGAGGGAAGAAGGUGGUCCAGACGGAUGAGUGGCGAGAGGGAACAGUGGAGGAGAGGCUGGAGUAUGGGCUCAUCAAGGGUAUAGAUAAGUAUGUGGUAGAGGACACAGAGGAGGCGAGGUCCCAGGCUGAGCUCUAUCCGAGGCCCCUACACGUCAUUGAGGGGCCCCUGAUGAACGGCAUGAAGGUGGUGGGAGACCUGUUUGGUGCUGGGAAGAUGUUCCUACCUCAGGUGAUAAAGUCAGCACGUGUGAUGAAGAAGGCUGUCGCCCACCUGAUCCCCUUCAUGGAGAAGGAGAGAGAGGCCAUGCUACUGGCAUCAGGAUCAGUAGAGGAGAUUGACCCCUACCAGGGCACCAUACUGUUGGCCACAGUGAAGGGAGACGUCCACGACAUCGGAAAGAACAUUGUAGGAGUGGUGCUGGGCUGCAACAACUUCAGAGUGAUCGAUCUGGGGGUCAUGGUUCCAUGCGACAGGAUAUUGAGGGAAGCCAUCGACUGCAAAGCAGACAUCAUCGGUCUGUCUGGCCUCAUCACGCCCUCGCUGGAUGAGAUGAUCUACGUUGCCAAGGAGAUGGAGCGGCUUGGGAUGAAGACCCCACUGCUGAUCGGAGGGGCCACCACCUCCAAGACCCACACGGCAGUAAAGAUCGCUCCCCGUUACAGCUGUCCUGUGGUGCAUGUUCUGGAUGCUUCCAGGAGUGUGGUGGUGUGUUCCCAGCUGCUAGAUGAGAAUGUGAGGGAGGAGUUCUUUGAGGAGACGACAGAGGAGUACGAAGACAUCAGACAGGACCACUACGACUCUCUAAAGGAGAGGCGGUUCCUGUCUCUAGCCCAGGCCAGGGAGAAAGGACUCCAUGUGGAUUGGCUUUCUCAGGCCAAACCAGUGUGUCCUCAGUUCCUGGGUACCCGUGUGUUUGAGGGGUAUGACCUGCGGAGGCUGGUGGACUACAUCGACUGGAAGCCUUUCUUUGACGUGUGGCAGCUGAGAGGAAGUACCCUAACAGAGGGUACCCCAAGAUCUUCAAGGACAAAACCGUACAGUGAGGAGGCUCGGAGGGUGUUUGACGACGCCCAGCGGCUCCUCAACAGACUGAUAGAUAAUAAGGGUCUCUGGGGGCGUGGCCUGGUGGGCUUCUGGCCCGCCCAGAGUGUAGGAGACGACAUCCAGGUGUACGAACAUGACGUCACACCUCGCUCCACCACGCCCCUCGCCACAUUCUAUGGACUACGCCAACAG